CCAUGACAGUUUCGAACUUUCGACGAGCUGCACCUUCCCAGACCAACACGCGCAACAUCAGCAAACGCUCGAUAAGAUCGGUGACUUAUCUCCUGCUUAACUACGAGAACUGCUUAACUACGAUCCCGCGAAAUUAAUGACGACUGAAACCGUUUAACAUUGGCUGAUAAUAUCCGAGAAAGCUAAACAUAUUGCGAGUGCAAUACGCUGAGAAGCGAGCAUACAUUCCUGCCGUGUUGGUCCUCUGCAUUAAACAUUUACUAUCGUGCAACGCGAAUACUCCUCCACACCGGAAACUGCUGUGUAUAACAGCCUUUAUCAGUCCAAAAAAUGAUUAUAGACUGUAUAUGUGCUACAAGCGUUGUGUGGCUGUUGGGGAUUACAGGCGUCUUGUGUUUUCAAGCCGAGUCAGCAGAUAAGAAUCCUAUGUUGUUCAACGACAUCAUUUGGGAGGAGGACAAUGACAGCGGGCUCGGCAAAUUCGUUCCCCAAACGGGAUAUCUCUCGCCGGAUAGCUAUUGGCCCAGUGAUAUUCCUUAUGCAUUACACGGAUUUAGCGACGACGAACGGAAACUCGUGGAAAGUAACCUACAGACUAUUGAACGGCUCACCAGCGACUGCCUCCGGUUUAGAGAACGCAAAUCCGAGCAGGAAUUCAUUCAAUUUGAGCGUAAAAGCGGAUUUCCAGCAAUGUACCCUUAAUUACCUUAUAUGUCAAGCGGGAAUCGGGCGCCACGCCGGCCGUCCAACCCUAGUCAAACUCCACCAACAGUGCUUAACAUCAGGCAUCAUACAGCAUGAACUCCUGCACGCGCUGGGUUUCCUGCACGAGCACAGUCGCCCGGAUCGAGAUGAGCACAUCAGCAUAGUAGAGGAUAACAUGCGACCGGAGGUCAGCAAAACCAAUUACCAGAAAAUGUCGAAAAUGGCCACGUUUGGCUUGCCGUACGACGCGGAGUCCAUCAUGCACUACGGCCUGGAAGUGUCUAAAAGUCCCGACAAACCAGCCAUCGUAUUCAAGAGGAGCCCGCCGCCCCGCUGGAUGGGCCAGCAGUAUGGCCUGAGUCCGCUGGAUGUGGCCAAGAUAAGGGCUGCGUACAAUUGCUCUAAACUGACGUUUAAGGACGUCCCAAGUGUGGCGAAUCAGGACGCCUGUGCUACUUGUGCCCAAAAUGCUGGCAAUGAGGAAAGCGAAGACUUCGUCGUCGACGAACGAGCCCUCGCAUUCGUUUUUCCCAUGCCGAGCAUGAAUACACUACCAUUUACAAAGGAGCAGUGUGAGCGGCAGUUUUCCUCCGUGUGUAACAUCAGUUUGCUGCACAACGAGAUUGGGCGCUCCCCCCUUCGCUGCGAUCCUAGCCGCCCUUACUACGCCGUGAAGUGCUAUACAGCGACCGCUACGACCGCCGCCCUCCAGGCCACGUUCCGCCGCAUGGCACAGCCGCCGGUGCGGAUCAUACAACUGCUGCUGCAGGAUUCUCUCCACCUCCGCGGCGCAACACUGCAACCGAUCCGCUUGCAGGUGAUCGAGUUGGCGUUAGACGAGUGCCAUACCAACCGCAUGACGGGGAAACUACGCGGAAUGGCGCUCAGCAAUUUACUGGCUUUUCAAGCCAGAAAAUGCACCCGUGGUCUGGCUAUACGGCGACUGGAUUUCAGCACCUCGCACAAGUUACGCGUUAUUGAAUUCUGGCAGUGUGUCAUACAGUCGGUGGAAGUGGACAGCUUCUUCUAUUUGCUCGAUCUGCGUGCUUUGACCCUGGAAUUGGGCGCAUCCCCGGCGGAGGUCAAGAAGCAGCACUGUGACCCGCGUUUCGCCUGGUACCGACACUGGCUGUCCGGAAACUCCUAUCUGAUCAAGGAGCGCGAGUGGGGUAGUCUCUACAACACCAGCCAUGAAAUGUACCGCGGCCUGUGGAGCCAAAGAUUUGAACCCCAUAAGCUCUAUCAGGUGAAUGCUACAUGUGGCUGAUGCAAAAUAAAAUCUUAACCAACCAAAAUGCCGUUUUAUUCGUCUCCUGAAAACCAGUAUAGCGAAAUUAAGUACCGACGUUUUUCACAUGGCGCACAUUUUCACAAUUUCGAAUCACUGUCUCGUCUUGGCACAGAUAUGUAUUGUGCCACUCUGGCCGGAUAGA